UACCUUUAGUGACAUUUGAGAAGUUACUGAAGGAAGCUUUUUUAGGAAGCUUUUUUAGGAAGCCUGUUUGACUUUUGAAAUGAUGAUUGCCAUAUUUAGCGAUGGGUUAACAUCAUUAGAGAGGAAUUUGAUGCUCUUGUACUUGUUCACGGUCACAAAUGUUAAUGAGUAAGUCAGAGGAAAAGGAAGCUGGGACAACGGAAGCGAAAAGGUACUGUUGAAAUUGGAAUAGAGAAUAUGCUGCUCUCUUGAUGUUCUUCCACUUUGGACGUAGCUGUUUCUUCCUUCUGCCCCACUUCUCUCUGUGCUGGGCAAAAGUGACACAAAGCACAACAAAGGAAAGAGAGGAUCUCCGAAUAGGACCAAGAAAAUGAGCAGCUGCUCUAUGCAAAGCUCAAAGCAGCACGUGCUAGUAUGUGAAUAUAUGCAUUGUUAUUUUUCAGGAAAUUGUGAGAUCAACCAGCAAAAGCUUGUGGAGAUACUUGCUAAAAAGAGUUCGCAAGAGCUCGAGAUGAUACAUAAAACCUAUACUGCUCUAUUCGGUCGUGACCUCCUCCACGUAAUCUCUGGCAACCAAAGAAGCAACACAUUAUGCCGAGUCGCUUACCUGCGCCUGGUUGAGCCAAAGACCCGAGAUGCCGAGAUUCUUCGGAGCUCUCUUUUUGGAGGGAGUUUAAAUCUCAACACGGUCAUUGAGAUAAUAUGCACGCGUUCUUCCUCCGAGCUUCAUGGCAUCAAGCAGCGUUACCGUGUUCGAUACCAGUCUGAUCUCGAAAAAGAUGUAGCCACAAAAAUCAGUGGCAGCUUCUCGGAGAUUUUGGUCGCAGUUUGCAAGUCGAGCCACUGCCACAACUACAAGGCGGACACAGGUAUGGCACUGUGCGAUGCUAAGACUCUCUACGAAGCUGUCGAGAGCGGGAAGACCCUAGACAAGAGGACUAUCACGACACUCUUGAGCAGAAGGAAUACUGCUCAGAUCAAAGCGAUCCUCCUCUCCUACAAGCAGCUGUACGGGCACGAGUUCUCCAAGUCGAUCAAGAACCCGAGCAAGUGCGGGCAGUUUGGGUGGGAACUGAGGGUUGUUAUCCGGUGCAUUCAGUAUCCGGAGAAGUUCUUUGCGAAGCAGCUGAGGAUGAAGAAUGCCGAUGCUCGGGAGAUGCUUAUACGGGUGGUGAUCACUCGGUCGGGACUAGACAUCCGAGGCAUAAACAGGGCUCUUGCUGCGAAGAGGGCCGGGUCACUCGAGAACCUCGUGAGGAGGGAGUUCAACGGCAGUGCUAAAGGUAGUUUGGUCAAUGAAGUUGUAGCAGCCAUUCUGCUUGAGCUGGUUAAAGCUUGAGGUUGCAUAUCCGAUCGAGUUCAUCAUUCAAAAAAAAAAGAAAAAAAGAAAAAAAGAAAAAAGAGAGAUUGUAAUAAUAAUAAAAAGAAAAUGAAAGCUCCCAAUAUUUUCUUGUAAUAAAAAAUUACUGAUAGUGCCUAUUGGUUAUAAUAAAUGUGCGAAUAUUUUUCUGAUUUUCUCCA